AUGACAAAUUCGAAUUCGAAUACGAACCAAACGACAAGUAGAAUGUCAACUUUUGUUAUCAUCGAACAAUACAUGUCUAUCUAUGGUCCAUUUGUAUUAACAACUCUUGGAAUUAUUGGAAAUAUUCUUUCAAUCUUAAUUUUUUUAUCUCCACGUUAUCGUCGUCAAUCUUCGCACUUCUAUUUACUCUCACUUGCGCUCUCCGAUCUUUGUUUUCUGAUUAUUAAUCUAAUUGAAGAUACAUUUCGUAAUCAUAACCAAUUAUAUCAUUCGCGUAUAAAUAUUCUUGAUCGAAGUUCAACUUUAAUUUGUAUAUUUGUUCAGUAUGCACGAAAUACAACGCGAUUGUUAUCAUCAUGGAUUAUUGUUUCAUUUACAAUUGAACGUCUUCUCGUUGUUUUCUAUCCAUUACAACGAGCGAUUAUAUGUCGAAGGAAAAUCGCACGUUGGGUUGUUAUACUUCUCUUUCUCACAUGUUUAUUGAUCCAUAUUAAUGUUCCAUUUCAUUAUGGAAUUAUUAAAGUUUCAGUGACGGAUGAAGAUGAAGAGACAAUCUGUGAUAUUUUACCACAACAUCGUCCGAUUUACAUGAGAUUUGCUAUAGGUUCAAUGAUUGCUGUUUAUUUAGUACCCAUGUGUAUUAUUAGUAUUGUUAAUAUGCUGAUUUGUUGUAAAUUAUGGAGUAAAAGUUUAUUAACAGAAAAAGAUGAGAUGAAAGAAUCUUCUCAGCGAAAAAUACAAUUGCAACGACCUCGUUCUCGAUUUUAUCUAUCUGAUUUCAUAUCCUGUUUACGUUCAUCUUCAUCAUCGUCAUCAACUGAUCUUCGAAAUCUAGAACAAUUCAGAAAACCACGUAAAUCUUCAUUAAAACAACAUCCAUCUAGUCGGCUUUUACUGCUGACUGAACCUACAACGUCACAGGCAUAUGGAUGUUCGGUGGUCGAUGAAACAGGAAAUCAUUCGAUCUCACGCUCACUAUCAAAUCCCUCAUUAUCAAUACAAUCAUCGACACACGUGAAAACUUAUAUUCAAGCUCGAACAAACCGCGUUACCCUUACACUUUUACUCGUUUCCUGCUCAUUUUUAUUAUUGAAUUCUCCAUAUUGUGCUAUAUGGAUUGCAAAUUAUAUUCAUUCAUUUGGUAAUACAACAUUAAAAUCAAUUAAAGAAAUCACCGAAUUGUUCAUGUUAACUAAUUUUUCCAUAAAUUUCUUAUUAUAUUGCGUUAGUGGACGAAUUUUCCGUGAUGAAUUGAUGUUUAUUCUUCGAUGUCAAUGGAAAGAUUUGUAUAAUAAACAAGAAGUAAAGAAACCUAUUCGUCCAAAGUGUAUCAUUCAAUUACAAGAAUCAACACCGAAACAUCGUUCAACACAAUACACACACAAAUGUCCAUGA